GUGGCCUUUUCCAUUGUGCAUUUGCAUUCCUCAAUACACACUGACAUAUCUUCUGCUAUGGAAGCUCUGCGUCUUUCUUUCCUCUGUCCUACCUCUCGUUCUUUCUCUUUCUCAAUCGAUUCGAUCUGCCUUUGUUCAUUCCUUUCUAAUUCAAAAGAAAAUAAAAAAAUGAAGGAACAUAAACUUUGACGAGGAGUGAGGCCGUUAAAAAAUCUAGGUAGGUAGGGAGCGGGGGGAGAGAAGAAUGACUACUCCCCUGAGGCUUUUGCUGCCUCUAAAUUCGGCCUUCUGUUGUUCAGAUUUCACUCCAAAAGGCUUUGGAAUCUUCUCUCAAAAUUCCAAUUUCAUCUCCCAAAGUCCCAACAACCCUAACACCUCGAGGCCAUCUUCUCUUUCUUCUUGUUCUCCUUCGCAUAGUAAAUGGGUCGGAGCAAGGAAAUAUUCACACAACACAGGAAGCCUCCACUCAAGACAGACGGAUCAAGGUCUGGAUGGUCAGAGAAAUGAAGUGAAGAACAAGAUGCACAUGUUUGGGUCUGAUGAAGAGAUAGCUACACAAGUUUCAACUCAAGUUGAAUCUGUUGUGGAAGGGUCAGGGGCUUUGCUUGUGUCAGAGUUCAAACCUUCCCCCGAUGUUGAUUACUUACAGGAGUUAUUGGCCAUACAACAACAAGGACCAAGAGCAAUAGGCUUUUUUGGAACACGAAAUAUGGGUUUCUUGCACCAAGAGCUUAUCGAGAUUCUUAGCUAUGCCAUGGUUAUAACUAAAAAUCAUAUUUUUACAUCAGGAGCAUCAGGGACAAAUGCUGCUGUUAUUAGAGGUGCUUUAAGAGCUGAGAAACCAGAGUUACUUACUGUAAUCUUACCUCAAAGUCUUAAAAGGCAACCCCCUGAGAGUCAGGAGUUACUUUCUAAGGUAAAGAAUGUAAUAGAGAAACCACACAAUGAUCAUCUUCCAUUGAUAGAAGCAAGCAGGCUGUGUAACAUGGACAUCAUCUCCCAAGUACAACAGGUCAUUUGCUUUGCUUUCCAUGACAGCAAGUUGCUAAUGGAGACGUGUCAAGAAGCAAAAAACAUGAGGAAGAUAGUGACACUCUUCUACUUGGAUUGAAAGAAAGACGGAGAGACGGACGGACAUCUUUUCUUCUAAAAGCGUGCUUAUUUUUUGUGGAUUGGAUUGGGGAAUCCAUAGCAGAAGGAAAAAAAUUGUUCGUCUUUGUUUCUAAGUUAGCUUAUGGUAUAAAGCUAGAGCUUCCAUUUAUUCAUCGUUUCCAACAUCAUCGAUUGAUUGGAGGGGGGGGGUGCAUUUGUUAUUGAUGUUGAUUUUGAGAAUGAAAAAGAAAAUAUGGUAGAUUAUACUUGUUACGGUUCAGCUCAAAUGGGUGUUUUCCCCACCUCACCUCACGCAAAAAAUAUUAUUUUAUUGUAAUUAUCAUAUUAUUUAUGAAUAAGAUGUAUUAGUGGCUUGGAAUUUUGAGUAUGACCAUUGAAUGGAACUGGCCCAUGUACAGGAGAUAAUAAAGGGCCCAUUUGGUGCAUCUUUUUGGGAAGAUCUUCUGGUGGUUCUAACAGUCAAA